AUGACAAAAGCAAGGGGAGAGGUCUCUACCUUCUGUGAAACUGACGAAAGAACUCUUAGGAGAUUAAGAAGAGAAGCAAGAGGGAAGAGAAUCAUUGGAGAGGCAGAUUCUGAGGAAGAAAACCAAGAAAUAGAAGGGAAUCAUCCUAAUCUACCUGAUGAAGUAGCCAACAACAAUGGCCAACCUCAGAGAAGAGUUUUAGCCUUUUACACUUUCCCCAACCCAAGGCAUUUGAUUGAGAGAUCAACAAGCUCACUCCCAAGUGAUACCAUUCCAAAUCCCAAAGAAGAAUGCAAGGCUAUUCAAUUAAGGAGUGGAAGAACCUUGGUGAAGGACAAAGAAGCCAACAAGAAGCCUAUAGACAAUGACAAGACCAUCAGCAAGAAAGAUGAAGCCAGCAAUAAGGAAGAAGACAAGCAUGACCAAGAGAAGCUUAAAGAGAAAGAUGAUCAGCCACAAAAUUCAAGGAAAGGGAAGCAAGUAAUGGAGGAAGCAUCUCAAGGGCAGAAGUUCAACAAGGAGAUUAAGGAUCAACACUUCCCCAAAUUCUUUGAAGUCUUCAAGAAGUUGGAGAUUAAUAUCCCCCUUGCUGAAGCAUUAGAGCAGAUGCCUCUAUACGCAAAAUUCUUGAAAGAACUUAUCAAUAAGAAGAGAAGCUGGCAUGAGAAGGAAACAGUACUUCUCACUGAAGAAUGCAGUGCUGUAAUUCAAAGGGGCAUUCCACCAAAGCUUAAGAAUCCAGGGAGUUUUGUAGUUUCAUGCACCAUAGGCAAGAUGACAUUAGAGAAAGCCCUCUGUGAUCUCGAUGCUAGUAUCAACUUAAUGCCCCUCUCAAUGAUGAGAAAGCUUGCCAUAGAAGAAAUUAAGCCUACCAGGAUGUCAUUGGUGAUGGCCGAUAGAUCAAUCAAGACACUCAAUGGAGUUGUGAAAAAUCUAUUAGUGAAGGUUGGAGAGUUUAUCUUCCCUACAGAUUUUGUGAUCCUGGACACAAAAGAGGAAGGAAAUAACUCAAUUAUCUUAGGAAGAUCAUUUCUAUCAAUAGCAAGAGCUAUUAUCGAUAUAGAAAAGGGGAAAAUGAUCUUUAGGGUGCACAAUGAGCAAAUGGUAAUCAAUGUUUUUAAAUUAAUGCAACAUCUCCCUGAGCAAGAGAACUACAUGAGAGUGGAUAUGAUAGAAGGUUUAGUGGAAGAAAUGUUGGAAGCCAAUUAUCAAGAACAACGGGAAGAAGAAAGGGAAGGAGUUCAAGAGGUAAUGGAAAAACAAGUAGCUGAAAUCUCCAUAGAAGAAGAGGUGGAACAAGACAAGACAGAGGAGAUGCCAAAAUAA